AAGGAAGGCUUCCUACAUGUGAACAUUUCAUUCCACACAAAUGAUUAAAACUCCUAUAAUUUGUCAUACUCUUUCAAUCUAGUCCCCAUAUUUUAAGGCAUCUCACUUCUCUGACAUACAACUCAAAACUCAUUGCCAGCUUUCUAACUAGAGCAAACAAAUAAAGAGAACACAGGAAUGGAGUUUCGUGGAGAUGCCACCCAGAGGAUUGCCAUGAUAUCAGCUCAUCUUCAACCUUCUUUCACUUCUUCUCAGAUGGAGGAGAAGAACACUGUAAUGGGAAGAGAAAACUGCAGAGGGAAAGGUGGGAAAGCAGGAUUCAAAGUAGCAGUUCUUGGAGCUGCAGGUGGAAUAGGACAAACUCUAUCUUUGUUAAUGAAGAUGAACCCUCUCGUCUCAUUACUUCAUCUCUACGAUGUUGUCAAUGCUCCUGGAGUCACUGCUGACGUUAGCCAUAUGGACACUGGAGCUGUUGUUAAAGGUUUCUUGGGAGUCAAGCAGCUUGAGGACGCUUUAAAGGGUAUGGAUCUUGUGAUCAUACCAGCUGGUGUACCGAGGAAACCAGGGAUGACACGUGAUGAUCUCUUUAAAAUCAAUGCUGGCAUUGUUAAGACACUAUGUGAGGGUGUAGCGGAGUGCUGUCCUAAUGCUAUAGUUAACUUGAUUAGUAACCCUGUGAACUCCACUGUGGCCAUUGCUGCUGAGGUUUUCAAGAAAGCUGGAACUUAUGAUCCUAAGAAGCUCCUUGGUGUUACUACACUCGAUGUUGCUCGUGCCAACACAUUUGUGGCUGAAGUUCUUGGACUUGAUCCAAGAGAAGUCGAUGUACCGGUCGUUGGAGGACACGCUGGAGUCACAAUUUUGCCACUAUUGUCACAGGCAUAUGCAGCAGCAAAGUUUGCAGAUGCUUGCCUUCGCGGGUUAAGAGGAGAUGCGAAUGUCAUUGAAUGCUCUUUUGUUGCUUCACAGGUUGUGACAGAGUUACCUUUCUUUGCAACCAAGGUGCGUCUUGGACGUACAGGAGCAGAAGAAGUGUAUCAGCUUGGGCCCUUGAACGAAUACGAAAGGGUUGGUCUGGAGAAAGCAAAAGAAGAGUUAGCAGGAAGUAUUCAGAAAGGUGUCGACUUCAUCAGGAAAUGAUAUUUGAGAAUAAAUCAAUCAGAGAGACAAUAAAGAUGAUCUUCCUAAAAUCAUAUGAUCAUGCAUGCACUAGUGUGUACUACUUACUCAUCAUGCCUGUGUCCUUGACACCUUGUGCUUCUUUUUCUUCUUCAACUUUUGUAAAUUUUCUUUUAUAAGUUUAUGUAACUCUUGUUGCCUCCUCUUAAGUUAAACGUACUCUUAUAUUGGACUUGACCUUG